AUGUCAGAAUCAGCUAGCGGAAACGCCCCGAAACCAAGCAGCAGCGUCAAACUCGUGUUGCUUGGAGAGGCCGCUGUUGGCAAGUCGUCUCUCGUCCUGCGAUUCGUCAACGAUGAUUUCCAAGAGAACAAGGAGCCAACGAUCGGCGCCGCCUUUCUGACUCAGAAAUGCUCGCUUCCGACACGUACUAUCAAAUUUGAGAUCUGGGAUACCGCCGGCCAAGAGCGAUUCGCCUCGCUUGCUCCGAUGUACUACCGCAACGCGCAAGCAGCCCUUGUCGUUUACGAUGUCACCAAGCCUUCCUCGUUGACCAAGGCGAAACACUGGGUGGCUGAGCUGCAACGUCAAGCAAGCCCGGGAAUUGUCAUCGCCCUGGUUGGUAACAAGCUGGAUCUGACCAAUGACGGUGGUGAUGCGUCGAGCGCCUCGCCUUCCGCCAGAGAGCCCGAAUCAGCCGAGGGAGACGAGGAAGGUGCCGGGCAGGAGGAGGGAGACGCCCAGGAUGCCACGCCGGGUGAUGCACGAAAGGUUUCUACUCGCGAGGCUAGCACAUAUGCCGAGGAGGAGAGCCUUUUGUUCUUUGAGACCAGUGCCAAGACUGGAACCAAUGUGGUGGAUGUCUUCACUGCCAUCGCUAAUGCGAUUCCAGAAAGUAGUCUGAAGACCGGCAAGGGCCCUGCUGCUGGUCAAACUGGGUUGGGUGGUCGCGCUGCAGACGAAUCCCGAGUAAACCUUGGAGAUCGGAAUACGGCAACUGCGAAGGAGGGUUGUGCUUGCUGA